AGUGAUUGCAAAUCAUCACACAUGAUAACAUAACAUGACCCCUCUCUCUCUCUCCUUUUCCACACGCUUUUCUUGCAAUCCAAGCCUUUAAUGUCCUCUCAUCAUAUCAUUAAUUAAUUAAUUAAUUAGUUUUCCGUUUUAACUAAUUACAGUAAUUAAUUUCCCUUUUCAAAUUAUAUAAAACCCAAACCAAACCAGACUAGUAGAGUCUCUCUACACACAACACAAAAACAAAACAGAAGAAGAUGAAUUCUGUUUGCAUAUCAAACUGUGUCAACGACGCACGUGACCCACGCGUGCCGGUUCGAGCCAAUUACGUCAACCUCUACAAAUGGCCGGAAUCGGAUGCAGAGUUUGUCAAAUCGGUCAGCUUGAACGGCGGUCAUGGUCAUCCCAGGGUGGUGGAUAGUAUCUCAUGCAGACAGAUGUAUCUUAAGAGCUAUACGUUUUCGAGAAAAGAAACCGUGCCGGAGAAAACCCAGAAAUGUUUUGGGAGGGUGAAAGAGAAAGUGGCUCACAGUGGCGGCGGCGGCGGCGGUGGUGGUGGUGGUGGUGGAAGGAAGAAACGGAACCAAGGUAGGAGAAGGAAGUGUUUGGUUUUGAGGAAAAUGAGGGAAAUUUCGUGUAAUACGCUGUUUCGGAUUUUUCAUAGGUUCUUGUCUUGCGGUGCUAGUGUUGACGUUGUUGUCAAUGAAAAACAACCAUAUUGAUAUUUUAUUUUAUUUAUGGUUUUUUGUUUUGUUUUGUUUUUUAAAAUAUAAUUUUUUGGGUGUAAUUUUUUUUUACUCUGUUUUUUUAGCUGGGUUUAAGUAUAUGGCUGUCUCUAUCUAUUUUGUACAUUACUUUUCUCUUUUUUAAUAAAGAGAUUUGGCUAUUUUUGCUU